UCGAGAGCGAGAGGUAUCGAAGACAGAAAAUUGACGGGUCAUCAAAUGUUUUCGCAAGAUUGACAAGUACACCGUGACCAGAGUUGAAAUGUGAAACAAAAAAACGAUGGAACGCUUCAGAGGUUGAUUAAAGUAUCUAGGAAACGGUUUGUCAAAUUUAUAUUUCAUCGCACUGGGAUACAGUUUCUAAGAGCAUUUAAUUCACUUUCUUUUUCUCAAAAAGGCACACAUCUUAAGGCUAAAAUACGCAUUGUUCAAUUAUAAUCCAGCGCUAAGGUCGACGGAUUUGAUCUAAAGGAACAUUGGUUACCUUUGUUAGUAACAUGUUUUGACGACUACUGCAUGCAGAGGGGGAAAGACGCGUCAUGAACAAGACUACACGUCGAACCGCCAGAUGAAUCAAAAAUCAAAUGACUGAAACGAAAUCGUCUAGACCUGUAAAGACUGACUGAAGAAACAAAGUGUGGCCUAAAGCAAAAGUCCUAAGACGAAGGUGACCAGAAAUACCAAGACGAGGUUGAAGACGAUCUAAUAAACACGAACAAAAUCAUGAAUUCAACGUUUAAUAUCACUGAUGUUGAUCAACCAAACCUGGGUGCAGUUUUCUUAGUGUCUGGUUCGUUUUUAGCAGUGAUAUGUCCGUUAACGGUCCUCGCAAACGUAUUACUUUUAAUAGCAAUUUACAAAGAUCCGUUCAAGACGUUCCGCACGCCGACCGCGUGCUUUCUCGUGGGUCUCGCCAUCACGGAUGUGGCAACAGGUCUUGUUCCAGAGCCUAUGGUAACAAGCUGUUACUUCAUGCACCACCAUCAACAUUCCGGGGUGGAACGCUGUGAAAAGAUAUUUAACAUUGCUGGUAUCAUUGCUGCUAUUACCACUAAUUCGUCGUUUUUGAUAGUUAUGGCGUUCACUUUCGCGCAGUAUGUAGCCAUUGCGUUUCCGCUCAAGUACAAGCCUUUCAUCAGCGUUCGAAAGACGUUACUUUGCGUGGCAUGUAUCUGGGUUUAUUCCACCCUCUUUGAGAUGUCUCAAACCGUUGGAGUCCCUAAAGAGUUGGUUGAAAAAAUCGACUUAUACAUCCACUCAACAUUGUCACUGUUAUUUACCAUCUUAACUUACGCUUUACUUCAAAGAGCAUUCCGCAAACAAAUGACGGCAAGAUCCGCUACCCUACACACCACAAACUCAGUAAGCAUGUCCACAACACUAGAACUUCACCCUCGAAAACAGAGACGAAAAUCAAAACCAAUGAUCGAGAGGAACUUUGUGCGACUAAAUAUCCUUCUCAUUGUGGUACUAUUGCUAUGCUCGCAGCCAACCGCAAUAUUGUGGUAUAUAUAUUUGUACGCUGAUGAGGACACGAAAAACAGCCAAACCCUUUUUGUGGUUCGCGUUAUCGCGGACAAUACUCUUUAUUUGAAGUUUUUCCUGGACCCGUUUUUGUUCGCUUGGCGACUGCCGAAAUAUCGAAAAGCUUUGAGAGCCGCGUUGAGCAGAAGGAAGUGAAGAAAUGAAAAGCACUCAACACACGGGAAAUUUGCAUCAAAAUCCUUUGCUUGCAAAUCUGUUUUAAAUCUUAUUCACAUUAAAGCUCAAACGUGUUUAAAAGCUAUUCUCUUAAAGAUAGUCAUUUUUUUUUUCUGUAUAGAAGCUGCUUAAACCGUGGAUUGUCGAAUUUAAAUUUAACACAUUGAAAAUGCAAGUUGGUGACCACUCGAAUCCUCUAGAAAAUUCAGAUUUUCAGAUCUGUUUCUGAUUGGCAUUCAGUUAAACCCGGUUUUACUUAACUGUCUUAACUUUUACUCAAAUCCGGGUUCGACAUUAACUUUUCAACUUACUAGCCAAGUGGCUAGUGACAUCUUAGAUGCUAUGACUAUUU